GCGUGAUGACGUCUCCCAGCGGUCUGACGUACCGCAAAAUGGUGGUGCCCUUGUUACAAUGGCGACCGUUGGUGAUCACUUGUUAGCCAACUUAUUGUGAUUAACUGUGGAUUAUUCCUACAGCUGUCUGUUUUAGGCGAUUUAUUCGGACGUCUACAUGUUAAAGCAGUCCAGUGCAGCGGGUCCAUCCAGCGCCUCUCCUCAAUCAAUGAAGGAAUCCAAGGAAAACUUGUCAAUGACGGGCCAGGCAAUUCUGGACCAUAUCAAGCCAUGCUGGUACUGGGACAAGAAGGAUUUAGCCCACACACCCUCUCAAUCUGAGGGUCUGGACGCUGGUACAGAGGCGCGGUAUCGCAGAGAGGGGGCUCGCUUCAUAUUCGAUGUCGGGACCCGACUUGGCCUACACUAUGACACACUGGCAACGGGCAUCAUAUAUUUCCACCGCUUCUACAUGUUUCACUCUUUCAAGCAGUUUCCCAGAUAUGUGACAGGGGCUUGCUGUCUUUUCCUGGCUGGUAAAGUAGAGGAAACCCCAAAGAAGUGCAAAGACAUCAUUAAAACGGCCCGCAGCCUCCUGAAUGAUGUGCAGUUUGCCCAAUUUGGAGAUGAUCCCAAGGAAGAGGUGAUGGUGUUGGAGAGAAUUUUGCUCCAAACUAUCAAGUUUGACCUGCAGGUGGAGCACCCCUACAUGUUCCUGCUGCGCUAUGUCAAGCAGCUCAAAGGCGAGAAGAAUAAAGUCUGCAAGGUGCUGCAAAUGGCUUGGACCUUUGUCAAUGACAGCCUGUGCACCAUGCUGUCUCUGCAGUGGGAGCCAGAGAUCAUCGCGGUCGCCGUCAUGUACCUGGCUGGCCGCCUGUGCAAGUUCGACAUCCAAGAAUGGACCGCCAAGCAGUCUUCACGCCGCUGGUGGGAGCAGUUUGUCCAGGAUGUUCCAGUGGAGCUGCUUGAAGACAUUUGCCACCAGAUCCUGGACUUGUACUCCCAGGGAAACAAGCCAAUCCCUCAGCAGAUGCAGGAGAAGGAGCGGGCACCUGCUACUCCAACCUCUGCUCCACCAGUUUCACAGGGACCACCUCCAGCUGCCAACCCCCCUCCCCCACCACCAAAGAAGACUUCCCCUCAGGGUGGUAGCCCAACACGUCAGCUUAAACGCUCACAUACAUCCCCCAAAGACGAACCAAAGGCUCCAGAACAAGUUGGAUCAAAAAUUCCUAGACUGGAGAGCCCCAUGCCACCGCUGCCCACAACCCAACCUCCCCCAGCCCCUCCCACAGAAGCAGAACCAGGAAGUGAAACAGCUCCUCCUCCCCCACUGGCUCCACCUCCACACCACCCUCCUCCAUUGCCCCACCGCCCUCCUCCACCUCCACCUUCCAACUACUUGAUGUCCACUACCAGCUCCUAUAUGUCUGGAGAAGGCUACCAGAGCCUACAGUCCAUGAUGAAGACUGAGGGUCCCUCCUACUCCAUGCCGCCCAACUACGCACCCCCAAUGUAUCAUGUUUAUCCACCAACUGCAGCACCUCCUCCUGGCCCGCCACCACCUACCUCCAACUACCCACCACCCAGCUUGCCACCAAACUACCCACCGUCAGUCUACAACAGCUACCCUCCGCCGCCACCUCCACGCAUGCCGCCAAGUCACGUACCCCCUCCAGGAAUGGCUCUACCACCCACUGGGUACCCCCCUCCACCGCCAGUGCCCCCGGGACAGUCACAUGUGCCCUUGCCCCCUCCACCUGGCAUGCCUUUGAACCGUGGUGGUUGGAUGAGAUGAGAAUGUGAUAAGUCUGUGAACUGAGGUCAUACAGAGCCACAACUGGGGAGACUGAAAACAACCAGGAGCUUGUUACUUUGAUGCAAAACACAAAAAUAAAGGGAGCUGGUUCAUGACUCAUACAGCAUCUGACAGGGUUGUGAAUGAAACCCUAAAGGUAAAUGGACUUCAGAGAAAAAGUGAGGUCUGGACAGUAUUGUUAUGGGAAGUGAUAGUAAGGUUUCAAGUGAAGAAUCUUGAAAUCUUAAUGAAUAUGUACAGGAUAGGUACUUAAAGUGCCCAGUUCCAGUAACUUAUAAUAAACACUGUCCAGUCAUUGUUUUUCUUUUUCUGGGAAUGUUUCAGGAAAUAAAUUUUUUUUUUCCAUUGUAAAAAAUGCGCUCUAACUGUGGGGUGGUGACAUGCUCCAUUUUCUUACAGCCUUUGAGUGGAUCUGAGGUUGGGUCUUUAUUCUUUCACCCUUAUUGGUUUUCCUGAAUGCACCCCUUCAAUCUGUUUUCUCCGCAUUCCCAUCGUUUUGCUGACAGUGUAAUAACAUCUUGAGGUGGUUGAAUAUGCAGUGGUCAAACCUAUAAAGGACGGUUAUGUUGAAAGACCUGAACAGAAACAUGCUGUAUAUUUUUUUAUUACAUUUUACUCUGAUAACACUGAGGUUGUGUUGCAAGACAUUUCUGCUGCCAUUUUAUUUUUUCAUGUCACCAUCCAUUUUGCUAACCGCUUCUGCACCCAGAGCAGUAGACAUUAAAACAAUCAAAAUAA